GGUUUUGCUCUUCCUGUUCUUCUUUACUGAGCCGCGUUCACAUCAGAUCACAAAACACGGAAGUGACGGUUCCUUCAACCAUAGGUCUGUCCAAGAAAAAAAGGCUUUAGACUGCUUCUGCGGACGCUGUGAACAGAACCGGGGCCCCGGUGUGAAGUCCCUGGAUCCGAGGGUCCGUUUGAAAGACAGAUGAGCAAAGGAAAAAUGAAAGGGCAGGAUAACGUGCCCAGUUCUCUCCUCAGCAACCAGGAGAAUGACCGUCUGGUAGAGCUUUUAGGAAGAAGAUGCGUGAGCAUGGCCACAGCAGUUAUUCAGCUGUGCAUGGCACUUCCUCACAGUCCAAACCAAUGGAGCCUCCAACAUACAGGAGUCGUGUGUUUUAUUAAGGACAAUGCAAAACGUUCAUAUUUCUUCCGGCUUUUUGACAUCAAGGUCGGUAAAAUGAUUUGGGAGCAGGAGAUGUACAGUCCGUUCACAUAUUCCUGCCCGACGCAGUUCUUCCACAGCUUUACUGCAGAUGACUGCCUUGUAGGUCUGAACUUUGCCAGUGAAACAGAAGCUGAAUUUUUCAGAGGCAUUGUUCAAGAGAAGGUUAAUCGGGGAACAAACCGCCAAGAUAAAAGACAACAUGCUCCCGCUGAAGAAAGACAGAUACCGAAUCAAAUUUCUCCAACAAACGGUCCAGUUUCACAGCCAAGUAUAAUACCAACGGUGGACAUCCAGAACCCAGACAUAGUGGCUUCAAGGUACCGAUCACCUCCGGUCACACCCUCAGCAGCCUCAUUCUCCAUAGGCAAGAAGGACAAAAAGGGAAAGAAGAAAGGCCCCAGGCUUACAAAAGCAGAUAUUGGUGCUCCAAGUGGAUUCAAACACAUCACUCAUGUUGGGUGGGAUCCAAACUCUGGUUUUGAUACCAACAAUCUCGACCCUGAUCUAAAGAAGCUAUUUAAUUCUGCUGGAAUAAGUGACGCACAGCUGACAGAUAAAGAAACAUCUAAGAUCAUUUAUGAAUUCAUUGAGCAAUCUGGAGGACUUGAUGCAGUAAAAGAGGAAAUGAGGAGAAAUGAUGCAAUGGCUCAGGGAGGCCCUCGGUCCGGACCUGCACCUCCUCCACCCCGUGGAGGCCCCCCUCAACGUCCAGGGCCACCUGUACGCAGUCCAGGAGCCCCAAAUCGCUGCCCACCCCCACCUGCUCCACCUGGAGGUCGCCCUGGGCCUCCACCCCCACCACCCCCCAACCAAAGUCAUAAACCUAUGGGUGGAGGUCCACCACCUCCCCCUCCUCCCCCACCUCCUCCACCUCCACCGUCUUCAGCCCCCAGCUUCCCCAGCAGCCCUACCAGCUCAGCCCCAGCUCCUCCAUCUGGUGGCGGAGGAAGAGGAACCUUAAUGGAGGAAAUUCGCCGUGGACGAAUGUUAAAGAAUGUGUCUGAAAAUACAGAUCCUUGUCCUUCACCUCAAGAUGAGUCCUCUGAGGGCAUUGUAGGAGCUUUGAUGUUGGUCAUGCAGAAAAGGAGUAAAGUUAUCCAUUCUUCAGAAGACGAGGAUGAUGAUGGUGGUGAUGAUGACGAAGAUGAGGAGUGGGACGAAUAAUGUUUCUUUUUGCUUUCUGUUUACAAACUCAUGCCAUUAAAACCGAAGCCUGAUGCUUCAACUGAAAUCAUUAAAGGGACAGUUCACCCAAAAUGAAUUUACUCACCGUCAUAUUGUUACAAACCUGUAUUAAUUUCUAAUAAAGGAAGAUAAUUUGAGCAAUGUUUGUAACCAAACCAUAUUUGAGCACCAUUGACUUCCACAGUAGGAAAAAAGAAUACUAUGAAAGUGAAUGGGCCUCAUGAUCGGCUUGGAAAUUGAUACAUGUCUGUAUCAACAUUUUCAUUUUUGGUUGAGCUAUUCCUUUAAAGGAAUAGUCUACUCAUUUUCAAUAUUAAACUAUGUUAUUACCUUAACUAA